ACGCAGUCCAUUUGGUCGCUAGGUUUAAGGUGCAACAAGGCGAUUACUUACAUCGAAAUACUAUUAAUAUCACCGCUUUGGCAGCCCAUACGAACACUCUCUGUUUCCCGACGACAAGGCUCUCAAGAUGGUCCUCGAGGCGGUCAUGAUCGUGGUGGACAACAGCGAGAGCAGCAGAAACGGCGACUACGCACCAACCCGCUUCGAAGCGCAGAGCGACGCAGUCAACAUUAUCUUCCAGAAUGUGACCCAAGGCAACCCCGAGUCGUCGGUCGGGCUGAUGAGCAUGGGUGGCAAGGGCCCGGAAGUGUUGGUGACGCUCACAAACGACCAAGGCAAAAUCCUCGAGGGUUUGCAUCGGACAAAGAAAAAGAUCCGUGGCUCGGCUCACUUGGCCACUGGCAUCCAAGUAGCAAGCCUCGCACUCAAGCACCGGCAGAACAAGUCGCAGAGGGCGCGCAUCAUCGUCUUUGUCUGCUCUCCCAUCGAAGAAGGCGAGCGUGAACUGGUUGUGCUGGCGAAAAAGAUGAAGAAGUAUAAUACCAGCGUCGACUUCGUGUUGUUCGGCGAUUUGGACGAGGAGAACCAGGCAAAGUUGGAGGCAUUCAACCGCGAGGUGAAGGGGAACACCGAUGGCUCCCACUUGGUUGUCAUUCCACCAAGCUCAAAGCUUCUGAGCGACCAGCUUAUUUCGACACCGAUUAUGCUUGGCGAGGGAGCCGCUGCCGGUGGCGCGGGUGGUGAUGCCGGCGGCGCCGCGGCCGAGGAUUUCCCCUUCGGUGUCGACCCGUCUCAGGACCCGGAGCUUGCCUUGGCUCUGCGCAUGAGUAUGGAGGAGGAGAAGGCGCGGCAGGAGAAGCGUGCGCGUGAGGAAGCCGAGGCGGCCAAGAAAGCCAGCCUAGAAAGCGUCAAGGAGGAAGGCGAGUUGGCGCCGCUGCUGGAUAAGGAUGGGCAGCCCAGCGGCAGCAAGAACGACGACGACAAAGGAGGCAAGUCGGACGAUGCUGACAAGAUGGACACUUCAUAGUGAGAUGAUGGCCUACACAGCCGGGUAGGGUUAAGCAGGAGCACAGCUCGUGGGAGGGUUUUUGGCGCUCUAUGUGCCUUUGUAGAAAUAGAUUUGGCAUUAACGCAAGCAUUUCCUUCCUUGGAUUCCACGACUUCCAUGCGGGAACGCCUGUAACUCCUGCUAGACACAUUUCCUCCAACCCAAUAAUACCCUGCCGCGAG